UCUUCUGCUUCUUCCUCCGAGGUUUUAUCUCAACUACGUCGUCUUCGCAGCCAUGGGAACCCUCUCUCUCUCAUCUUCAUUGAAACCUCACCUCGUCUCGCACAGACUCUCUUCUCCUUCUUCGUCCUCUUCCUUUUCUUCUUCUUCUUUUAGGCCCUGCAAUCGACCUAUUUUCGCGUCACUGAAGUCUCCGCCCUCGCGGACCAAAUUCUCCGAUGGCUCCAUAAUGUUUUCGGCGCCUCAGACGCCGGCGACCGCCAUGCGUGGCGCCGAGUCCGACGUCAUGGGGCUUCUCCUUAGGGAGCGUAUCGUAUUUCUCGGCAGCAGCAUCGACGAUCUCGUGGCCGACGCCAUUAUGAGUCAGUUGCUGCUUUUGGAUGCCCAGGACCCUAAGAAAGACAUCAAGCUCUUUAUCAAUUCCUCUGGCGGAUCCCUCAGUGCAACCAUGGCUAUAUACGACGUGGUGCAGCUUGUGAGGGCUGAUGUCUCCACAGUUGCCUUAGGCAUAUCGGCAUCAACUGCUUCCAUAAUCCUCGGCAGUGGAACUAAAGGCAAGCGCUUUGUGAUGCCCAACACUCGUAUAAUGAUUCAUCAACCUUUUGGAGGUGCCAGUGGCCAAGCCGUUGAUGUCGAAAUCCAAGCCAGGGAAGUGAUGCAUAACAAGAACAAUGUCACGAGGAUUAUCUCGGGUUUCACUGGUCGUACAUUUGAGCAAGUCGAGAAAGAUAUAGAUAGAGACCGGUACAUGUCCCCCGUUGAAGCAGUUGAGUACGGGAUAAUAGAUGGAGUCAUCGAUAGAGACAGCAUCAUCCCCCUGUUUCCUGUACCCGACAGGGUGAAACCAAGACUAAAUUACGUGGAGAUCAGUAAAGAUCCGAGGAAAUUCUUGACGCCAGAUAUCCCUGAUGAUGAAAUAUACUAGUCAGACCCGACUGGACCAGGGAACCGAGGGAGGGAAAAGCUCGUUUUGUCUCCGUCAGAGCUCGACUUUGCAUCACAUCCCGUAUUCCAUUAACUGUGAAAUCCAUUGUCUUAAUCAAAAUCGGUUCCAACACAGUUGCUUGAAGAACAGGUUGUAUUACCUAUUACAUGUACACUGUCAUCGUUCUCAGUUGUUUUUUGCAUUCUAAUAGCCAAUUGUAUCAGAAAAAGCUGAGCUGGACAAAUUCUGAAUAUGAUGGUCAUUUCGCCUUAAA